AUGGAGGAGGAUGGGAUUGAAGAGGCUAGUGUUAGUUUGUUAGGUAGCAGUGGUAGUGGCGGCCGCAGCGUUGGUGGUGGUGGUGGAGGGGAGUCAUGGAGGUGGGUGGAUGGGAGUGAGAUGGACUCUGAGCCACCGCCGUGGGCUUUGUUUGGUGAUGAAGAGGUUAGAGAAGGGUAUGGGAGUGUGAGGAGGAGGCUAGUCAAGAAGCCCAAGAGAGUUGAUUCCUUUGAUGUUGAAGCUAUGGAGAUUGCUGAUAGGCAUUCCCACCAUAAGAAGGAUGUAUCUCUUUGGGGAACUCUGGCGUUGGGGUUUCAAACACUUGGUGUUGUAUAUGGGGACAUGGGUACAAGUCCUCUGUAUGUCUUUGCUGAUGUAUUUAGCAAGGUGCCCAUUACUUCGGAUGUUGAUAUCUUGGGGACUUUAUCACUAGUAAUUUACACGAUUGCGCUCAUUCCUUUAAUGAAAUAUGUUUUCGUGGUGCUGAAGGCGAAUGAUAGCGGGGAAGGAGGAACAUUUGCACUGUACUCAUUAAUCUGUAGAUAUGCAAAUGUUAAUCUUCUGCCAAACCGUCAGCAGGCUGAUGAGUAUAUUUCGAGUUUCAAGCUCAGGUUACCCACUCCUGAACUGGAGAGGGCUUUAAACAUAAAGGAGGCCUUGGAGCACAAGUCCUAUUUGAAAAAACUUCUCUUACUGCUUGUUCUUAUGGGAACGUCUAUGAUUAUAGGGGAUGGUAUUCUGACUCCAGCAAUCUCAGUUAUGUCUGCUGUGAGCGGUCUGCAGGGUCGAAUACCAGGAUUUGGCACAGAUGCCCUUGUUGUUACAUCAAUUAUUAUCCUCGUGGGACUGUUUAGCAUACAGAGGUUUGGAACGAGUAAGGUCGGUUUCAUGUUCGCUCCUGCACUUGCGUUAUGGUUCUUUAGCCUGGGAGCUAUCGGAAUUUACAACAUGUUCAAGUACGACAUAACUGUUCUAAAGGCCAUAAAUCCUUUCUACAUAUACCUUUUCUUCAAGAAGAAUAGCACUAAUGGAUGGUCAGCACUUGGUGGUUGUGUUUUAUGUAUCACAGGUGCAGAGGCAAUGUUUGCUGAUUUAGGUCAUUUCUCAGUGCCAUCCAUACAGAUAGCUUUCACCACUGUUGUCUUCCCCUGCCUCCUCUUAGCUUACAUGGGACAAGCUGCAUACCUUCUUAAAAACCCUCAUGCUGCUAGCAGAAUAUUCUACGAUUCUGUACCAGAUGGUCUUUUCUGGCCAGUGUUUGUGACAGCCACAGUUGCUGCUGUAAUUGCUAGUCAGGCUAUGAUAUCUGCUUCAUUUUCAUGCGUGAAGCAAGCCAUGGCACUCGGAUGCUUCCCUAGACUGAAGAUUAUCCACACCUCGAAGAAAAUGAUGGGCCAAAUUUACAUCCCUGUAAUCAAUUACUUCUUGAUGGUCAUGUGCAUCAUCGUGGUUGCCGUCUUCAGAAGCACCACCCAGAUAGCAAAUGCAUAUGGGAUUGCUGAAGUCGGUGUAAUGAUUGUCAGCACUACCUUGGUGACACUCGUUAUGCUUCUGAUAUGGCAAACUAACUUGUUUUUAGCCAUCUGCUUUCCCCUCAUCUUUGGAACGAUCGAGUUAAUUUAUUUGUCUGCUGUACUAUCCAAGCUAUUGGAAGGAGGUUGGCUUCCGCUGGCCUUUGCUUCCUUCUUCCUUUGUGUGAUGUACACAUGGAACUACGGUAGCGUAUUGAAGUAUCAGAGUGAAGUUAGGGGAAAGAUAUCGAUGGACUUAAUGCUUGAGCUUGGUUCUUCGCUCGGAACAGUAAGAGUCCCUGGGAUUGGAUUACUAUACAACGAGCUGGUUCAAGGCAUUCCGUCUGUUUUUGGACAGUUUCUGCUUGAUCUUCCUGCUAUUCACUCCACCGUCGUCUUUGUCUGCAUCAAGUAUGUCCCUGUACCUGUUGUGCCUCAAGAAGAAAGAUUUUUGUUCAGAAGGGUUUGCCCGAAAGACUACCAUAUGUUUCGCUGCAUCGCUCGAUACGGUUACAAAGACAUAAGGAAAGAAGAUCACCAUGCAUUUGAGCAACUCUUGGUGGAAAGCCUAGAAAGGUUUCUAAGAAAAGAAGCUCAAGAUCUUGCUCUGGAGGGAAGCCUUCACGAGCGUGAUCUCGACAGCAUUUCUAUGACAUCAAAGGAUGACGACAACCAGGACCUGGAUGGGAUUGGAGAUCUCAAGACCCCAUUGCUGCAAGGUCCAAGAACAGACGAAACGGGAGCCUCUACGUCAUUGAGACCACAAUUACCAGAACUGCCAGCUAGUGUCAUGUCCGUAGACGAAGAUCCCAGUCUCGAGUACGAACUAUCGGCCCUCAAAGAAGCUAGUGAUUCAGGAUUCACAUACUUGCUCGGACACGGAGACGUGAGAGCAACAAAGAACUCAGUUUUCCUCAAGAAACUGGUUGUGAAUUACUUCUACGCGUUCUUGAGGAGGAACUGCAGAGGUGGGGCUGCAACCAUGAGAGUUCCUCACAUGAACAUAAUGCGAGUCGGGAUGACAUACAUGGUUUGAUGUUUCCCCUAAGAACUUGUUACUUUGCUAGAAGCAUCAUGUAAAUUACGUCGGUCGGGAGUAUCGUGUUUUUUCAGCAUUCAUACAUAGCACGGUUCUAGCAUGCUGAAAUUUUUGCAGCAGUUAAUAAAAGCCACAGCAUUUUCUGCACUUGUUGUUUAGAUUCAUGAUCCUGAGAACAGUGCUGCAAGAACUCCUCCUGACUUUGUGUCGCAGCAGAAAGUAGGCUCAUUGUAAGGUUCAAACAUCCCAAGAUUGGUGAAAUCGAGACUACUUUAUUAAUCUUUU